UAGCAUACUAUAAUGAAUUCUUUCCUGCAUUUUGACACAUCCCGACACACCUCCCGUCGAAGAAAAGCCAUUAGAUGAAGAAAGCAGUUCCGUAACACACUCCCUUCCUCUCCUCGUAUAGAUCACCAGCAGCACCGCCUUCAUAACCAUGGACAACAGGAACAUCGUCGUUUGCGACAAUGGCACUGGGUAUGUCAAGUGUGGAUUUGCGGGUGAGAAUUUUCCUACUUCUGUAUUCCCUUGUGUGGUGGGGAGGCCAAUGUUACGGUAUGAAGAGUCGCUCAUGGAACAAGAGCUCAAGGAUAUUAUUGUUGGAGCAGCAUGUGAAGAUUUGCGACAUCAACUGGACAUAUCUUAUCCUGUUAACAAUGGUAUUGUGCAAAACUGGGAAGAUAUGGGUCACGUGUGGGACCAUGCUUUUUUCAGUGAAUUAAAAAUUGACCCGGCAGAAUGUAAAAUUUUACUCACAGAUCCACCUCUUAACCCCUCAAAUAAUCGUGAAAAGAUGGUGGAGACAAUGUUCGAGAAAUACAACUUUGCUGGUGUCUUCAUUCAAAUCCAAGCUGUUUUGUCUUUGUACGCUCAAGGUCUGCUGACUGGACUAGUUAUUGAUUCUGGUGAUGGUGUCACUCAUGUGGUUCCAGUUGUUGAUGGCUACUCAUUCCCUCAUCUUACCAAACGAAUGAAUGUAGCUGGUCGGCACAUAACAUCCUAUCUUGUUGAUUUACUUUCACGGAGAGGGUAUGCAAUGAAUAAGACUGCUGAUUUUGAGACUGUUAGGCAAAUCAAAGAGAAGCUCUGCUAUAUAAGUUAUGAUUACAAAAGGGAAUAUCAAUUGGGCCUUGAAACCACCAUCCUGGUUAAGAAUUAUACUCUGCCUGAUGGAAGGACCAUUAAAGUAGGAACUGAAAGAUUUCAGGCCCCUGAGGCUCUUUUUACACCAGAACUUAUUGAUGUUGAAGGUGAUGGAAUGGCUGAUAUGGUUUUUCGCUGCAUCCAGGAAAUGGAUAUUGACAACCGUAUGAUGUUAUACCAACAUAUAGUUUUGAGUGGAGGAAGCACCAUGUAUCCUGGACUGCCUAGUCGCCUAGAGAAAGAAAUCCAGGAUCGGUAUCUAGAUGUGGUUCUGAAGGGAAACAAAGAUGGGUUAAAGAAGUUGCGAUUGCGAAUUGAGGAUCCACCAAGAAGAAAGCACAUGGUAUAUCUUGGAGGGGCAGUUCUUGCAGGAAUCAUGAAGGAUGCACCAGAGUUUUGGAUUAACAGGGAAGAUUAUAUGGAAGAAGGACUUGAAUGUCUAAGCAAGUGUGGUGCAGCUUGACUUUUCUGAUGCAGUCUGCCACUGUUUUGACUGUUUCAAAUUCCUCUGAUACAACACCCAUACAAAUGACGAUACUUUGAAAAGCUUGUGAGAGGAUUGUGAAUUUAUUUGGGUUUUAUCCUGUGCUGUCAUCAGUAAGCCUAUUGGUAUUGGAUAGAGUUUCACAGCCUCAGGGAGUGUUGUAUUCAACAAGUCGUAAAAUUGAAAAACAGUUUAUCAUUAUGUAUAUUCAUAAAUUUGGCCAUCAAUGUAUAUUUGUUGUAUUUCAGCUGAGAGGCUAACGAGGCUUAGAGCUUGAUUUUGACUGCCCAAUGUAAUUCAAAUUGAAUUCCCCUUUUUCUUUCUGGCAGGAAAUGAUUUUCUUGAAAGAUAUAUUACUGAGUUUGAAUUCUAUGAUAAUUAUGUUGAUUUUAUUU